GCGCGUGCCUCGCGCGCGUGCGUCUCGUGCUCGCGCGCCGUGCGCGGACGUUUGAUUUUUGUUGUUGGGUGUGUUGCGUUUCCAAAGAUGCCGGGCAGCCGCAGUGAAUGGGAAUGCACCGUAGAGAGUGGAAUGGUUUGGAUUCCUUAGGGGGAGUGUCGGUAACUAUUAUUACUAUUCGUGUGCUCCUGGCCCCGGCCCCACUGGCCGGCUUUUUUCUUCUACUUCUGCCCGCCUUGUCCGCUUGCCAGCGCGAGAUUUUAGCGGUGGUUUAGUCGACGUCGAGCGUGUGCCAAGCAGCCCACGCAGACCUUGGUUCAAAGGCUGCCAGUGUUGAAUGCUGGCGCUGCUGCUGCUGCUACUGCUGCUGCUGAUCUAUCGCACGUUGAAGGAGAGUUGUUGAUGGUGGUGUGGUGGGUGGGUGGUAGUGGUGGUGGGAGGAGGAGGGCUGCCUUUUUGCUUCACCACCCCCCCUCCUCCCCUUCAUUCUUUCUGGGUUCAUCGCUGACUCACUUGCUGGACGGGCUGUUUGGUUCCCUGCUGGCGAGCCACAGCCAUUCAAAAAGUCGAGCUGGACGUGUGGGAAGAAGGGGGAUUAGUGGGCACUGGAGACGUUGCUGCUGCUGCUGCCUGCGUCGUCGUCGUUGUUGGGAGACGAACUUUGUGUGGCCGUCACCUUCCUGCGUUUUAACAUUUUUAUAUCUUCAAACUGAGCCGGUUUAUUUGUUCUUACAGACGAGUUUUAGAGUGCGUGGGGGGGACAUGGCGGGGGGGGAGUUGUAUUUAAGUGAAGUUAUAGCGCAGCUUUUUUAGCCUUUUAAGGAUUACGCUUUUUGAGCUCGGGCACAAACAGGAGUGGCAACAGGUGGCGGCGCAUCGCUAAGUGCUUUUGCCGAGAGGAUCUCUAAUGUGACGUCGCCGUUCGUGUAAACAUAGAAAAAAAAAGAAAUCUGCUCUGGCUGCGUGGAGCGAAACAACAAAAUCAUUCUCGUGGGGACGACGACGAGGCCUGGACAGCGAAGCGUUAAAAUGUGCGGAUAGUUUUGUUGUUGUUUGUUUGUUUGUUGUUAGCGAGACGGGGUUAUUAUAACAGUCGUCGGCGUGUAGGCUUUGUUCUCUCUCUACAAAGUCGUCUAAACACCGUAGCGGACGGGGGAGGGGGGAGGCUGUGUUGGAGCAGUGCUUUAGGGGGGGUUCGUUAAGUUUAAAGCUCAUCGCGACUCGUGCUAAAAGAGCUUCUUGGAGGCGGUCAGCUACCAGAGGAGGGGUACACACACAGCAGCAGCAGGAGAAGGGGAGAAGGACCCCGUUGUGGUCGAGGCGUUAGUCGGUGGGGAAGGGAGCGAAGGGAGAGACAAUUUAAGUCUCUGCGACUCCUGGUGGGGUUGGUGGGGGGACGAUGUCGAGCCCGUGGAAGCUGCUGUCACCUGUCAACUGGGCACGGUGGACGUGGUCGGCCGUGCAGACUGGAGGUGCCUUCGGGGCCCAUCUCGUGCAGAAGGUGUCGAGCAGGGGCUUGGAGCCGUCGCCUGACGAGUUGGAGAGCGACCCGGGACAGUUGUCGGUGGACGGCUCCCAGGGUCGAGGCUUCUGGGUGGACGCUACUGACGCUUCGUUGGACGAUGACUCGGAGGACGGGGGCGGUCGAGUCGGCGAUUUGAGCGACCAAGAGGCUCCCUCCGACUCGGAGUGUUUCGAGACGGACCAGGCUGAUGAGACGCUCAAACCCUCCCGCCUGAACUUGGACGGUUCACAGGAGCAGGACUGCGAGCCUCCUGCCGCCUGCGUCGAAGGGAGCGAGACGCCACGGGGCGACCAGCCGCUCGACGGCGUCGAAGCUGCCGAGUCCACAGAGUCCGAAACGCUCGUGUCUGACGGCACGCUGCGAACCGAGGAGAUAGACGAGGUGUCGUCGCAAGGGAGCGAGGAGGACAUGUCGGCGGGGUAUUCGCCGUCGCUGGGAUCGGCGAAGCUCUGUGGAGACGUCUCCAAAGGCAAGAACAAAUCUCCGGAUAAAAGUGCCGCGCGACUCGGAGUAAAGAAGCCAUCCAGAUUCUCAGCCAACCAGAAGUCCGAUACCAAUUUAAUUACCGCUGGCAAUGGACCUCAAAUAAAGGGCAAUUACAUGAUGGACUUCAGCCAACUGGAGGACUCCAAUUUUAAUCCGUUUGCAACAACGUCGCAGUUACCCGGCUCCCCCGUGCCCAUGAAGGCGACGCACUCCUUCGACGCGGGCGGACACUGUGACGCGGCGGAUUCGCUGGCGUCGAGCGUCAAGCUGCCCGGCGUGCCCCUUCACCGCGAGUCCCCCGACGGGGGAGACGUGGCGGGGGGCGGCAGCGAGGCAGAGUCGGGCGAUGGCGAGGACGGCAGCUCCAAGAGCUCACAGAAGAAGAAGAAGAGAGCCGUCAUUAAAUCAGCUACAUUCCGAGUGAAGAACCGGUUCAGGAACGCGUCGACCACCUCCGACAACGCCCAGGACCCAGCCCUCGACCUGGAUGCCGACGCAGCGGUGGCAGCCCUCGCCACGGACGAAGAGAAAAUGCAACGCGCGUCGUCGGCCGCCGCCAAAGCCACGGCCUUCUCGCUCGACGGUUACUCGGCAGAGACCACGCCGGGAGCCCCGGACGCCGCCCGGCAGGACGAGGCCGUCUUGUGCGCCACGAGAAACGGAAAUGCAUCGCCCGCUCCUGCAGGCAAACGAGCAGAGGCAUCGGGCGCCCCAGCCAUGCCAAGCGGAGGCCAGAUGCUGGAGAUUGACUACCUGGAGCAGUUCGGAAUGAGUGGCUUCACAGAGUCGGACUUGAGGAAGCAAUCGCUCUACGUCAAGUUUGACCCACUGCUGGCAGACGACCUCGAGGCCUCUACUCGUCCGGUCACCAAGAGGCGCCAGAAUGACAGGCCCAGUGAAGAGGCUGCGGUAUCCGGACAAAGUGUGGCCGGUGCAAUGGCUGCAGCGAAGGUGGAUCUGCUCUCCGUAUCACCUGAUAAGGUUUCACAGUGUCUGGAGAGGGUAGCGAGCACGCCCGCCGCUCUGGAUGGUGACACGAUCGUGGACGUCCUCAAGUACAGCCAGCGCGACAUGGACACGGCGCUCAAGGCAGCCAGGGACAAGAAUGUUACUGUAGAUCAGGAAGCGACCGUGUGGAAACAGAAAUGCGGAGAAGCUGAGGAGAAGCUGGAGACAAUGAGAAAACUCCUUAAGGAGUAUGAAGUGGCGAUGGCGCAGAUGAUGGAGGACGAGCAGCGGGGCAAGGCGGCGUUCGAGCGCACUGUGCAGCAGCUGACGAGCGAGAAGGACCAGGCACUCGCGGACCUGAACUCGGUGGAGAAGUCUCUCUCGGAGCUCUUCAAGCGCUACGAGAAGAUUAAGAAGGUCAUGGAAGGCUUCAAGCAGAAUGAGGAAGUGCUGAAAAAGUAUGCUCACGACGCCCAGAUCCGUCUCAAGAAGGAGGAACAAAAGUACCAGGCGCUCAAGGCGCAUGCCGAGGAGAAGAUCAACAAGGCGAACGAGGAUAUAGCUCAAGUGCGCAACAAGGCGCGCACCGAGUGCCUGGCAUUGGACGCCAGCCUGCGCAAAGAGCAGAUGAAGGUGCAAUCCCUAGAAGUCAGCUUGAAGCAAAAGAUUCACGAUAAAGAAGAAUUGACGAGGAUCUGCGAUGAGCUAAUUUCCAAAAUGGGUAAAAGCUGAUUGCUCGUCAUGAGUUGCAGAGGCAGAAGUUGGGCAGUGUGGACAAUGUGGCCACUUUUCCAUAAAACAUGGAAGAAAUUGUCACUCAAUUGCAUGCCGAUAUUUGAGAUCAUGCCUUAUUCACAAACCUAAUGUUCCGUACCACCACUGAUAUGCCCUUAAAUGUCGUCACAGCUUAAUGAAACAAAUUGCACAAUCUCAAAUACUUGGCUGCUGUCCAUCGAGUGUUUCACAAGUGUCGUUCUUUCUGGCCUCGGGUUUGUAUAGAGAAAUUAAACUGCCUUCUGUGUGCUGGGGGUGAGGUGUUUCUACUGAGACGAAGGAGUGGUGAAGGAACCUGUAUCAGGGUUUAUUUUAAUUAAUUUGUUUAUUGCAUGUGUAUGACAGCUGCUUGUGUACAUUGUGAACACGGCCUGAUACACAUCUUGCAUUUAUUUUGUCAUUGUUGCACUUGUGUACUUGUUGAAAAGGUUCUAAUAAAGUUUGUCCCACGUAACAACGCAA